AUGGUUGCUGCGGAACUUCGACCGAUUGGCAUAGAUCUGUUGUACCCUACACCGUCAACGCAACAACUCCAAGAGGCUUUCAAAGGAAGGUCAUUACGAGAUCUUCCUAGUCCCGCGGCAGUCAUAGACAGGGCUAUCCUCGAGGUGAACUGCUACCAAAUGCUUGAAAAUUGUCAGGCUCUCGAUAUUAGUCUCCGCCCCCAUACCAAAACCCACAAGCUUCAGGUUGGGGAGACUACAAAAGACGUCAAGUUUGUCGUGUCCACUAUCGCCGAAAUUGAGGGAUUGCGUGAAACUUUGCUGAAUAAAAAAUUACAAGGCAAACAGAUAAAUAUCCUUUAUGGACUUCCGUUACCACCUUCUGCAUGUACCCGUCUAGCUUCUUUGGCAAAGGAACUCGGCCCUCAGACCAUUUCGGUGUUAAUUGAUCAUGUAGAUCAGUUGAAUGAGUCUGAACGGUUCUUGCAAUUGAGUGGACAGCCGCUCCAGGUCUUUUUGAAGAUCGAUACAGGAUAUCAUCGUGCUGGCCUUGAUAGCAACUCACAGGGCUUCAGCAACCUGUUAACUUACGUAUCGAGCCUUCAAAAGAGUGGAUCUGUCAAUCUUGUUGGGCUCUAUAGCCAUGCAGGCCACAGCUAUGGCAGCAACUCGAACAACGAAGCGCUCGAGUUCCUGCUUACAGAGCUUGAAGAACUCAAAAAAGCAGCCCACAAAGCGAUCACAAUACUGAAUGAAGCAUUUUUUCCAAAGCUGACACUUUCUGUUGGUGCUACACCUACGGCGUCAUCUAUCAAGGCCCUUCUUGAGGACGUUCCUUCUUCACGAUCGGACUCGGUCUCCAAACUUCAGCGUCUAGUUUCGCGCAUCAAUCAAGAUUUCACCUUAGAACUUCACGCUGGCGUGUAUCCCAUCUUGGACAUGCAACAAUUAGCUACGCAAGCCAUGCCACUCACAACCUCAGACGUGGCUCUAACCAUCCUCACAGAGGUAAACAGCCUCUACCCUCACCGCUCGCCGCCAGAAGCACUCAUCGCAGCCGGCUCCCUCGCGCUGGGUAGAGAACCUUGCAAAUCCUACCCAGGCUUCGGCAUCGUGAGUGAUUGGGGAUUUCCUCCUUCCGUGACCACUCAAGGAAAGCGCAAAGAAAUGCGUUCUGGCUGGCAAGUCGGCAGGAUUAGCCAAGAACACGGAAUCCUGACUCGAGACCCUGAAGCAUUUGAGCUCGAAGACGGGUGGCCCCUGGACUUGGAGGUGGGGCAGAAGGUACGGAUUUGGCCGAACCACGCGUGCAUUGCUGGCGCGAUGUUUGGAUUUUACUUGGUCGUAGACAGUAGGUUGGAAGGGAGAGAGGACGAAGUUAUUGAUGUCUGGGUCAGAUGGAGAGGAUGGUAA